AUGAGGUCCUUCCGCACACUCACCAUUUUCAUGGGCAUGGUGGCGACUGUCCUUCAAGGGGCUUUGGCAGAUACAGCCUCCGACUUACACAACGGUAAACCUGUCGGGAAGGAAGUGACAUACCAGGGUGUCAAGUUCUAUGUUUCAAUGCCCAGUGCAAAGCACCGUGGAAAGAGCGCUGCUGCCGCUGUCUUGUUCCUGACAGACAUCACUGGUAUCCAGGCACCCGAGAACAAACUUCUCGUUGACGGCUUCGCUCGCGAGGGUUUCGUGACUGUAGCUCCCGAUCUCUUCGAUGGUUCACCAGCUGUCCUGGGUGACCCCAAUUUCAACGUGACCAAGUUCCUCAGCGAACACCCUCCCGCUGUCACGGAUCCGAUUGUCGACAUUGCUAUUUCCUUUCUCCAGGAUAAGCUCAAAGUCAAGAAGAUUGCAUCUUCGGGAUACUGCUAUGGCGGACGGUAUGCCAUUCGUGUGCUCGAUGGCCAGCACGCAGUGAACGCUGGAUUUGCCGCCCAUCCAACAGCUGUCACCACCGAAGAGGUCAAGGCAGUCCAACAGCCUCUCGGCCUCGCUAAUGCCCAGAACGAUCCGGCUUUCACCUUGGCUCAGCAGACCGAGACGAAUAUCAUUCUGGGCGACCUUGGCCAUGGCUUCGCGGCGUCCCUGUAUAGUGGCGUCAGGCACGGCUUCGCGGUCCGUGCAAAUGUCUCCGAACCCCAGCAGAAAUUUGCCAAGGAAGAGGCCUUUGCACAGGCAUCUCGGUUCUUCAAAGCGUGGGCUUAG